AUGGGCAUCUCCGGUUGGUACGCUGCCAUACCUGCUAGGACAAUACUGACAGUCAUUCUAGGGCUUCUACCACUGCUGAAAUCAAUACAAAAGCCAUGCAACCUCAAGAAGUUUUCUGGCAAGACGAUUGGCGUGGAUGCCUAUGGCUGGCUACACCGCGGCACGGCUGCCUGUGCCAUUGACCUGGCCCUGGACAAGCCAACAACGAAAUAUGUCGACUUCUGCAUGAACCGUGUCCGCAUGCUCAUCCACUUCGGAAUCACGCCCUACAUCAUAUUCGAUGGCGACAACCUACCCAGCAAGGCCGGCACAGAGAAGGACAGGAGGGAGAGAAGGAAAGAAGGCAAGAGACUGGGACUAGAGCUACUAAAGGUCGGCAAGACGGCUCAGGCGCACCUGGAACUGCAGAAGUCGGUGGACGUGACACCCGAAAUGGCGCGCAUGUUCAUCGAGGAACUCAAACACCACAACAUCCAAUACGUUGUCGCACCUUACGAGGCAGACUCUGAGAUGGCUUACCUGGAACGGAAAGGCAUCAUCGACGGCGUGCUGUCGGAGGAUUCGGACCUCCUGGUCUUCGGCGUCAAAUGCUUGAUCACCAAGCUUGACAAGUACGGCGACUGUGUCGAGAUAAAUCGCAACCACUUCACUGCUUGUCGAGAAGUCAGUUUCGUGGGCUGGUCAGAUGCCGACUUCCGGAGAAUGGCCAUCCUCAGCGGCUGUGACUAUCUUCCGGGAAUAGGUGGACUUGGCCUAAAGACCGCCCACCGGAUGCUGCGAAAGCACAAGACUGUCGAGCGUCUCGUAAAGGCUGCUCAGUUUGACGGAAAGCUCAAGGUACCUGCUGGAUUUAUGGCAGAUUUCGACCAAGCAGAGAAGACGUUCAUGUACCAAUGGGUAUUCUGUCCGAUUGAGAAGAAGCUGGUACACCUGACACCGCUGGCAGAUGGUAUCGACAUCGCUGAUAUGCCUUUCUUGGGCGAGGAGGUGCCUGCACACAUCGCAAUGGGCGUAGCACGAGGCGAUCUGUACCCACGGACGAAACUGCCCAUGACGAUUACUAGCAAGCAGAAGCCUAUGGGGAAACCACUGGCUCCAGCCCGAAGAACCUCGUCAAUUGUUCAGACGCCGGAUUCCAAAGGCUCGAAGCCCAUCGAUUCUUUCUUCAAAGCUAGACGCACACCAUUGGCCGAACUUGAUCCGAACCUUUUCACACCAUCCCCAAGUCAGCAGACAUUGCUUGAGCAACAAAGCAACAACAAUGGCUGGGCAGCGUCAGUUUUUCACGGAAACCUAGUCCGUCACUCCGACCGCACAAGAGCACUCGGAGAAAGACUGGUCAGGACUUUGAUCUCUUUUUCCGACGAUUCGCUUCACGAGGCUAUGUUGGAAGUAGCGGAUCUAGAAGAGUCUGCCUCGCAGCCAAAGAAGAAGAUGAGGGUUUUCUCCGACAGCGUGCAGUCGAGCAUCAAGAGCGAGUCGCAAUCAACAACGUCUUCAAGAGGCAGUACCGAUCAGUCGCAGGACAGUACCGCAACGCUCACACCUGCAAGCUCAUUGGGUAGCCCCGAGCCAGAAUCGGUCUUCAGCUCUGCGAUAGGCUCACAGAUGGAAGAGCUGCGCUCCAAGUUCGCAUACAAGCCUCCACCACCACUUUGGCCACGCACUCCGCGCAUCGUAAAGUCUCCUGUGCGCAGACGGAAUACGGAAGCCUGGGCGCCCUCGCCGUCUCCGCUGGAGCAUAGUUCGAGUGCCAUACAGGAGCCCGCCCUACCAGGUACACCAUCACAUGUGGAUGACGAGCUGGAAAUCAGUGAUGCCGCCUUUACAGCAAUGGAAUCUGAGGUAGUCGUUGCCGCCAGUUCACCGCCACCGAUGAUGACACCAAAUAAAAGAAGGCGCUCAUCAUUGAAAGGCAGCGAAGACUUACUCGUGCCCGACAGCGAGGGUGAGAGCGAAUGCUCUCCUCGCAAACCGAUGUUCAGCCUCAAGCGAUUCGCUUUUGCAGGAUGA